UACCUUCCUCAAUCCCUUUCCACCUCAUUUUUUUAAAGAUUUAUUAAUUUUUAUCUUAUGUGUAUGAGUGUUCGCCUCUAUGUCUGUAUGUGUACCAUUUACAUACAGGAGCCUAUUGAGGCCAGAAGAAGGUCAGAUUCUCUGGAACUGGAGUUAUAGAUGGUUUCGUCUGUGUAUCAUGUGCUCAGUGCCUAUGGAGGCCAGAAGUAGGCAUCAGACCCUCUUAGAGCUGGAGUUACGGAUGGCUGUUACCUAUCAUUUGAGUGAGAGAAUCUCACCUGGGUUCUCUGGAAGAGCAGCCGGUCUCUUGACUGCUCUCCAGCCCCUCCAUCGUGAUUUUGAGAUCUGGUCUCUCCCUAAACUUGAACUUAUUGCUUUGCCUAGCCUAGCUGGCCAGCAAGCUCUUGCUCUCUUCACAAAGCGACAUGGGUGUCUUAGGGUUUUCAUUGCUGUGAAGAGACACUCUUGUAAAGGAAACAUUUAGUUGAGGUACUCGCUUACAGUUCCAGAGGUUCAGUCCAUCAUCAUCAUGGCAGGGAGCGUGGCGGCAUGCAGGCAGAUGUGGUGCUGGAGCUGACAGUCCUUACAUCUUGGCUCAGAGGCAACAGGAAGUCAGCUGAUAGUCACACUGAGGGAAGAUUGAUUGAAAGAGACCACAAUGACACACUUCCUCCAACAAGGCCACACUUCCCAAUAGUGCCACUCCCCUGUAGGGGCCAUUUUCUUUCAAAUCACCACAGUAGGUUUCAGGGAUGCAUGGUGUAGUGAUAUAUUGUGUACCCUGAUAAAAUUUGCCUGAAGAUCAAAGAACAGAACAAGUCACUAGAUUAAACAUAGAAGCCAGGCAGUGGUGGCACACACCUAUAAUCCUAGCACGCACUGGGGAGGCAGAAAUCCGUCUGGAUCUCUGUGAGUUCAAAGCCACUGCGGACUACAUGAGAUUGACUCAGUUUAGGAGAGAAACAGAACCCAGGCAGUGGGUGCACACACCUUUAAUCCCAGUACUUGGGAAUCACACGCCUUUAAUGGCUGGGCAGAGAAAGGUAUAUAAGGUGUGAGGAGACAGGAACUAAAGGCUUUUCAGGCUGAGGAGUCCUAGAGGUAAGACGUGACAGUGGCUUGUUCCUUUGUCUCUCUGAUGUUCAGGCAAAUUUUAUUAGGGUAUGCAGUAUAUCACCACACAUGGCUUUUACAAGAAUGCUGGUAAUUUGCACUCAGUUCUCUUGCUUUCACAGCAAGUGCUCUUACCCCACUGUGCCAUUUCCCAAGCAAGUUUACAUUUUCCAAAGCACCACACAGCUUCCGUUCCACGUUAUCUGUUUAGAGGAAGGGAGCCCUAGACCCAUGGCUUCACAUGUCCCUACAGGCAGACCUCCAUGCCCAUGAGCCCCUGGUGUGUGAAGGGUGGCUUGGACCUGUUUGAAUAAGGAUGAUAAGACACACAAACGCGAAGGGACGGCCACGAAGGAAGUGUGGCUCACAGUUGUCUAGAAGCAGGCAGCACAGCACUGCAUGCGGGGCCCACUGGGGUACCCUGGUUAGUCGAAGGCAGAGGGCGUGAAGAGGAAAUGUAGACAGAAUCUUCAAGGGUGGCUUCUGCUGGAAGGAGCAAGAAUGGGUAGGGUUCAGAUUGAUAGGUGCCAAUCAUCUCAGCAGCCUUAGGCCCUUACAGCAGCAGUUCUCAAUCUGUGGGUCGAGACCCCUUUGGGGGUCAAACAACCCUUUCACAGGGGUUGCCUAAAACCAUCAGAAAACACAGAUGUUUACAUUACAAUCCAUAACAGUAGCAAAAUUAUAGUUAUGAAGUAGCAACGAAAAUAAUUUUAUGAUUGGGGUCACCACAACAUGAGGAAUUAUUAAAGGGUCGCAGCAUUAGGAAGGUUGAGAACCACUGCCUUACAGCCUUGUACCUACCUGGCUUUGGGAUGAUAGAGCAGAUGGAAUUUGGCCUAUGUAGAGAACAGCUGGGAAAGAAGGUGCAUGGGAACCAGGCUGUAAAGCCUGAAGCAGGAGGAUUGCCUUGAGUUCAAAGCCAACAUGGAGUUUCACGUCAGCCAGGACUACAGAGUGAGACCCCGUGUUAAUGACUACUCUCACUGUUAUCCAAACACCCGACAGAAACAACUUAGAGAAGGGAGGCAUCUUUGUUUCUGUUGCUGUGGUAAGCAUCUUAGGGGAGAAAGGGUUAGAUUCAGCUUACAAUUCAAGGUUGCAUUCCAUCACUAUAUCCUGGGAAGUCAAAGCGGAACUCCACACAGCUAGUCAUAUCACAUCUGCAGUCAAGAGUGGAGAGAAAUGAGUUGCAGGCAGACCCCCUGGCUGGCUGUGCUCUUACACAGGUCAGGAUCCCUGCCUAGGGAAUAGUAUUGUUCGCAUUAGGCUGGACCUUCCUGCGUCAAUUAACUUAAUUAAGAUGAUCCCCCACAGACACAGAUCAACCCAGUGUAGAAAUUCCUCAUUGAGACUCUUCCCUCGAAACUGUAGGUUGUGUUGAGUGGAGGAUUAAAGCCAAGUAUCACGGAGGAGUUUGUUGUGGCUGAAGGAGCAGCAAGAGUAUGAGCCUCCCUGAAGGAGCACCCUCGGACCACGCUCCUGUCUGAUGGCAGCAGCCCAGCUCCUUCCAGGAAUGUCGGCAUGACCGUCUCUCAGAAAGGGGGUCCCCAGCCAACACCAAGCCCAGCCGGUUCUGGGGUGCGACCUGGACCAAUCACUGGAGACAUGGAUGAAGCCGACUCCGUGUUUUUAAAAUUGAAGCAGACGGCCGAUGACUCUCUGUCACUCACAUCCUCGAAUGCUGAGUCUGUUUUCAUAGAAGAUCCUUACAUUGCCUCCCUGAGGUGUGAGAUUGAAUCCGAUGCCCAUGAGUUUGAGGCUGAGUCCUGGAGCCUCUCUGUGGAUUUAGCAUAUGCCAAGAAACAAAAGAAGGAGGUGGUGAAGAGACAGGACGUCCUGUAUGAGCUGAUGCAGACAGAGGCGCACCACGUGCGCACCCUCAAGAUCAUGCUGAAAGUCUACUCCAGGGCCCUGCGGGAGGAGCUGCAGUUCAGUGGCCAGGCGGUCAGCCGCCUAUUCCCAUGUGCUGAUGACCUAUUGGAAAUGCACAGCCACUUCCUGGCCCGCCUCAAGGAGCGCCGGCAGGAGUUCCUGGAGGAGGGCAGUGACCGGAAUUAUGUCAUCCAAAAGAUUGGGGAUGUCCUGGUCCAGCAGUUCUCGGGGGAAAGCGGAGAGAGGAUGAAAGAGAAGUACGGCGUGUUCUGCAGCGGCCACAACGACGCCGUCAGUCACUACAAGUUACUGCUGCAGCAGAGCAAGAAGUUUCAAAACUUAAUCAAGAAAAUCGGCAACUUUUCCAUUGUGCGGCGGCUGGGAGUUCAGGAGUGUAUCCUUCUGGUCACACAGCGCAUAACCAAGUACCCAGUACUGGUGGAGCGCAUCAUCCAGAACACAGAAGCCGGCACUGAGGACUACAAAGACCUGAGCCAGGCCCUGAACCUCAUCAAAGACAUCAUCUCACAAGUGGACGCCAAAGUCAGUGAGUACGAGAAGGGCCAGCGCCUCCGGGAGAUCGCGGGCAAGGUGGACUUGAAGUCGUCCAGCAAACUCAAGAAUGGGCUCACCUUCCGCAAGGAGGACAUGCUGCAGCGCCAGCUCCAGCUGGAAGGCACCUUGUGCUGGAAGUCCACGUCAGGGCGCUUGAAAGAUGUCCUCGCUGUCCUGUUGACUGACGUGCUUUUGCUGCUGCAAGAAAAGGAUCAGAAGUACGUCUUUGCUUCUGUGGACUCAAAGCCACCCGUCAUCUCUCUGCAAAAGCUCAUUGUGAGAGAGGUGGCCAACGAGGAGAAGGCCAUGUUUCUGAUCAGUGCCUCCAAGCAAGGGCCAGAGAUGUAUGAGAUCUAUACCAGUUCCAAAGAAGACAGGAACACCUGGAUGGCCCACAUCCGCCGAGCCGUGGAGAGCUGUCCUGAUGAGGAGGAGGGCCCUUUCAGCGAGACUGAGGAGAGGAAGAUGACUGAAGCCCGCACCAUGAGACUCCGGGACUUUCAAGAGCGACUGAGCCUGAAAGACCAGCUGAUCGCCCAGAGCCUCCUGGAGAAGCAGCAGAUCUACCUGGAGAUGGCUGAGCUGAGCGGGCUGGACGAGUCACCCCAGUGCCGAGGCCUCUUCCGAGGAGGCGGGGACCCCUCUGAGACCCUACGCGGGGAGCAGAUUCUCAGAUCAGCCAUGAGCGAGAUUGAGGGCAUCCAGAGCCUGAUCUGCCGGCGGCUGGGCAGCACCAGUGGCCAAGUGGAAGAGGGAGGUGUGUCUGCAGGCCUACCUCGGAGGGCUGAGACCUUCGGGGGCUAUGACAGUGUGGGCAGCCCCAGCAAGAGUGGCAGCUUUAAAAAGAAAAUGUGCAACAAUGACCUCAGGCCCCAAGACUUGCAGGGGCCUGCUAGCAGCUCAGAUUCCAAAUCCUGUGACGGCAACACCCCCAGUGGCUGUGAGGAAUCGCCACAAGCGGUGGAGAUGCCUAGCACAGAGAGUAGCUCAUGUCUGCCCACUGUCCUGGAGUCAGAGCUGGUCCACCGGGUCCAGACACUGUCGCAGCUGCUUCUUAGUCUCCAGGCAGUCAUCGCCCAACAGGACAGCUAUGUGGAGAUGCAGCGAGUGGCCAUCCAGGAGCGCGAGAAGCAGUUCCGGCUGCAAUCAACACGUGGGAACCUGCUCCUCGAGCAAGAGCGGCAGCGCAACUUCGAGAAGCAGCGUGAGGAGCGGGCGGGCGUGGAAAAGCUGCAGAGCCAGCUGCGCCAGGAGCAGCAGCGCUGGGAGCGGGAACGGGCACGCCAGCAGCAGGAACUGGAGCUGGCAGGCGCGCGCCUGCAGGAGCGAGAGGGCGAGGCGCGCCAGCUGCGCCAGCGGCUGGACGAGGAGCGUACGGAGCUGGAGCGGCAGCGCCAGGCCUACCAACAUGACCUGGAGCGUCUGCGCGAGGCCCAGCGUGCAGUGGACCGUGAACGUGAGCGCCUGGAGCUGCUGCGCAGAUUCAAGAAACAGAACACUGCACCGGGGGCACUGCCCCCAGAGGUGCUGGCCGAGGUGCAGCCCACAAGCCACCCUCCCAGUUUCAAUGGGGAUGGACCCGAGGGGCGCUUGGUCCUAGCCAAAGCACCAGGGACCCAAGGGAGCAUGCUGCUGCCUGGCACGGGGCCUGAGUACAUAGAGCGACCUGAGGUGGCCCGCUGGGACAGUGUCCCUGCAGAGAGCCGGCCAGCCAAGAGCGAUGUGCCCAUCCAGCUGCUCAGUGCCACCAACCAGAUUCAGAGGCAGACAGCCGUGCAGCAGCAGAUCCCCACCAAGCUGGCCGCCUCCACCAAGGGCAGCAAAGACAAGAGCAGCAAGAGCAGGGGUUCCCAGCGCUGGGAGAGCUCAGCAUCCUUCGACCUGAAGCAGCAGCUGCUUCUCAACAAGUUCAUAAGCAAGGAUGAGAAUUCGUCACGAAACCGCCGGUCACUGAGUCCCAUCCUGCCUGCCACCCAUGGAUCUGCACCUGCCCCAGACCCCUGCUUUCCAGCCCCAAGUCCAGCCCCAGCUACCACGCCCCCUGAGGCCUUCUUCAAGUCCGGAAGCACGUCCCUGCCACCUGCAUCCCCAGGCCCCUCACUGCCAACCACACCACUCACAGCCAAGGACGAAGUUGGCAAGGAAGAUGUCAUCUUCUUCUGAGGGGACCACUGCCCCAAAGCAGACCCCUUUCUGUCCUGAUAACCCUUUAUGUCUCUGGGGAUCCCACGGGUGACUGUUACUGUCUGGCCGUCCCCUUCCCCUGCCUGAGCACACCCAGGCACUUGCUCACCUGAGGUUGCCCUGUUGGUGUCUUGGGUCUCACAGCUCUCUGUAGAAUUAGUGGUAAAGUCUGGGUAGCCUCUUCCACUUUUUAUAUAUGUACAUGUAAACAAAGUUCUUUUAAAUUGAAGGUCGAACUCCAGCUAAACCACAGAGCUGUUUUAACCCAGAGGUAGACAGCACAAGCUGGGGAGCCAGGAGACAAACACAGGUGGGUCUGAGAAGACCCUGGCUCCAGGGGCAGGUUCCAUAACCCCCAGAAAUCUCUGGGUUGAGCUGAGUCAUUAGGCACCAGAAGGCACUAGAAUCAUCCAGAGUCCAGUGAAUCGCCUCCUCCAAAGCAGCAAUUGAUGCUGGCCACAGAGAGCCUUGACCAGUAAAUGAACUGGGCAGCCCAUGGAGCAAUGGACUGAGUCUUUGGGUUCAGAAAUCAAUCUGGAGGGGCACCUACCAUGUCCUCCCAUCUGCCCGAGACACAGAACCCUGGGUUCAGCAGGGCAGCACAUAUCCCAGACAGACAGUGUUUGAUCCCUGUGAAAUGAGCAGGUUUUCCCUGGUCUUUUCCGUGUCCUGCCAGAAAGGUAGGAGUCUGGUCAGUGGCUGAUCUGGUCUGGUCUUGUUUCCAGGGCUGGGCACCCAUAGGCUCAGGAGGUGACCGGAGGUGUCGUGACCCUGAAAGUGUGGUGUCUAGUGACUUCAGAGAGCCAGGAGUGGUGUGGGGGCCCCUUGUCGUCUCUGUGGUGUCCAGAGUGUAUAUCCAUCCACCAGACCUCAUCCGUGCCAUGUUGCUAAUCAGUGUUUCGUGCUUUUUUUGUACUGAGAUGUAUCAGAGCACUUUAGGAAAGCUGUUUUUAAGUUCCCACUCGGUGAAGAGAACAUUCCAGGACCCCACCCCUGACACCAUGAUUUUUUGGACUUAGAAGGUGGCCCUGGGUCGGGUUUAUCACAUCUGCCCGGUGGCCAGGUGUGUCUCAUCCGUGUCCUGCACACAGUAGAGCAAUGUCCUCAGUGUAUCCGUCACCAGCAGCCGAGGUUCCUCCUUGGUGGACCUUGUUCGGAAAGCUGGUAAGCCGGCAGCAUUCCCAACUCUGAGAAUGAGUGGCAUCCCUUGUCAUUUGUGACCGUGAUCUUUGUCUACCCCGUGAUUAUUUUCACAGUGAUAACAGAGCAUCCUGGCCAUGCGGUAUUCUGGAAUCACCCUAGAACUUAUGACCAGAUUCUAGCAAUAAAAGUAUCCAAAGGA